AUGGGUUUUCAAAUUAAACCUUUCACGUCUCUUCGUUUUGUGUCUGAACCUUCUGAUGCUGUCACAAUGCGGGGUGGGAACGUCCUGCUCAACUGCUCCGCAGAGUCAGACCGAGGAGCUCCAGUCAUUAAGUGGAGGAAAGAUGGCCUCAUCCUAGCCUUGGGCAUGGAUGACAGGAAGCAGCAACUCCCCAAUGGGUCUCUGUUGAUACAGAACAUACUUCAUUCGAGACACCAUAAGCCAGACGAAGGACUUUACCAGUGUGAGGCAUCCUUGGGAGAUGCUGGCUCAAUUAUUAGCCGUAUAGCAAAAGUUGCUGUAGCAGGACCACUGAGGUUCCUUUCCCAGACAGAAUCUAUCACAGCCUUCGUGGGAGAUACAGUGUUACUCAAGUGUGAAGUCAUUGGGGAACCCAUGCCAACAAUACACUGGCAGAAAAAUCAACAAGACCUCAUUCCAGUUCCAGGAGACUCCCGUGUGGUAGUCUUGCCCUCUGGAGCAUUGCAGAUCAGCCGACUUCAGGCAGGGGACAUUGGAGUCUACCGAUGCUCAGCUCGGAACCCAGCCAGCAUAAGAACAGGAAAUGAAGCAGAAGUUAGAAUUUUAUCAGAUCCAGGGCUGCAUAGACAGCUAUAUUUUCUGCAAAGACCAUCCAACGUAGUAGCCAUUGAAGGAAAAGAUGCUGUCCUGGAGUGUUGUGUUUCUGGCUACCCUCCGCCAAGUUUCACCUGGUUACGGGGCGAGGAAGUUAUCCAACUGAGGUCUAAAAAGUAUUCAUUGUUGGGUGGAAGCAAUUUGCUCAUCUCUAAUGUGACAGAUGAUGACAGUGGAACCUAUACUUGUGUUGUCACAUACAAGAACGAGAAUAUUAGUGCCUCUGCAGAGCUCACAGUUUUGGUUCCACCAUGGUUUUUAAAUCACCCUUCCAACCUCUAUGCCUAUGAAAGCAUGGAUAUUGAGUUUGAAUGUGCAGUUUCUGGGAAGCCUGUGCCCACUGUGAAUUGGAUGAAGAAUGGAGAUGUGGUCAUUCCUAGUGAUUAUUUUCAGAUAGUGGGAGGAAGUAACUUAAGGAUCCUUGGGGUGGUGAAGUCAGAUGAAGGCUUUUAUCAGUGUGUGGCUGAAAAUGAGGCUGGCAAUUCCCAAAGUAGUGCCCAGCUGAUUGUCCCCAAACCUGCCAUCCCAAGCUCCAGUAUCCUUCCUUCUGCUCCCAGAGAUGUGGUCCCUGUCUUGGUUUCUAGUCGCUUUGUCCGUCUGAGUUGGCGUCCUCCUGCCGAAACAAAAGGAAACAUUCAAACCUUCACAGUCUUUUUCUCCAGGGAGGGUGACAACAGGGAGCGAGCUUUGAACACAACCCAGCCUGGGUCCCUUCAGCUUACUGUGGGGAACUUGAAACCAGCAGCCAUGUACACCUUCAGAGUUGUUGCCUACAACGAGUGGGGACCGGGGGAGAGUUCUCAACCCAUCAAGGUGGCCACUCAGCCUGAGUUGCAAGUUCCAGGGCCUGUAGAAAACCUGCAUGCUGUAUCUACCUCACCUACCUCAAUUCUUAUUACAUGGGAACCCCCUGCCUAUGCAAAUGGUCCAGUCCAAGGUUAUAGAUUGUUCUGCACUGAGGUAUCCACAGGGAAAGAACAGAAUAUAGAGGUUGAUGGGCUAUCUUAUAAACUGGAAGGCCUGAAAAAAUUCACGGAAUAUACUCUCCGGUUCUUAGCUUAUAACCGUUAUGGGCCAGGAGUAUCUACCGACGAUUUAACCGUAGUUACACUUUCAGAUGUGCCCGGCGCUCCACCACAGAACAUCUCCCUGGAAGUGGUUAAUUCAAGGAGUAUCAAAGUAAGCUGGCUUCCUCCUCCAUCAGGAACACAAAAUGGAUUUAUUACUGGUUAUAAAAUUCGACACAGAAAGACCACCCGCCGGGGUGAGAUGGAAACACUGGAACCAAAUAACCUCUGGUACCUGUUCACAGGAUUGGAGAAAGGGAGUCAGUACAGUUUCCAAGUGGCGGCCAUGACUGUCAAUGGCACUGGACCACCUUCCAACUGGUACACAGCGGAGACACCAGAGAAUGACCUAGAUGAGUCUCAAGUUCCCGACCAGCCAAGCUCCCUUCAUGUACGACCCCAGACAAAUUGCAUCAUUAUGAGUUGGACUCCUCCUCUCAACCCAAACAUUGUGGUGCGAGGUUAUAUUAUUGGAUAUGGCGUUGGCAGUCCUUAUGCUGAGACAGUGCGUGUGGACAGUAAGCAGCGGUAUUAUUCCAUCGAGAGAUUAGAGUCAAGUUCUCAUUAUGUAAUCUCCUUAAAAGCUUUCAACAACGCAGGAGAAGGUGUCCCUCUUUAUGAAAGUGCCACAACACGCUCCAUAACAGAUCCCACUGACCCAGUUGACUAUUAUCCUUUGCUUGAUGAUUUCCCCACCUCGGGCCCAGACGUCUCCACCCCCAUGCUCCCACCAGUAGGUGUACAGGCUGUGGCUCUUACCCAUGAGGCUGUGAGGGUCAGCUGGGCAGACAACUCUGUCCCGAAGAACCAGAAAACAUCCGACGUGCGGCUUUACACUGUCCGGUGGAGGACCAGCUUUUCUACCAGCGCCAAGUACAAGUCAGAAGACACAGCCUCUCUCAGCUACACAGCAACAGGCCUCAAGCCUAACACGAUGUAUGAGUUCUCGGUCAUGGUGACAAAGAACAGAAGGUCAAGCACAUGGAGUAUGACCGCACACGCCACCACCUACGAGGCUGCCCCGACUUCUGCUCCCAAGGAUUUGACAGUCAUUACUCGAGAAGGGAAGCCUCGAGCUGUCAUUGUGAGCUGGCAGCCUCCCUUGGAAGCCAAUGGGAAGAUCACUGCUUACAUCUUGUUUUAUACCUUGGACAAGAAUAUACCAAUAGACGACUGGAUUAUGGAGACUAUAAGUGGUGAUCGGCUGACCCAUCAGAUCAUGGAUCUCAACCUUGACACCAUGUACUACUUUCGAAUUCAAGCACGGAAUGCGAAAGGCGUGGGGCCCCUCUCUGAUCCUAUCCUCUUCAGGACUUUGAAAGUGGAACACCCUGACAAAAUGGCUAACGACCAAGGUCGUCAUGGAGAUGGAGGUUAUUGGCCAGUUGAUACUAACUUGAUUGAUAGAAGCACUCUCAAUGAACCGCCCAUCGGACAGAUGCACCCCCCGCAUGGCAGUGUCACUCCCCAGAAGAACAGCAACCUGCUUGUGAUAACUGUGGUCACCGUCGGCAUCCUUACCGUGCUGGUCGUGGUGAUCGUAGCUGUGAUUUGUACCCGGCGCUCUUCAGCCCAGCAGAGGAAGAAACGGGCCACCCACAGUGUGAGCAAGAGGAAGGGCAGUCAAAAGGACCUCCGACCUCCUGACCUUUGGAUCCAUCAUGAAGAAAUGGAAAUGAAAAACAUUGAGAAGCCUUCGGGAACUGACCCUGCAGGAAGGGACUCCCCCAUCCAGAGCUGCCAAGACCUCACACCAGUGAGCCACAGCCAGUCAGAAACCCAGAUGGGAAGCAAAAGCGCCUCACAUUCAGGACAAGACACCGAGGAAGCAGGGAGCGCCAUGUCCACUCUGGAGAGGUCCCUUGCAGCACGCCGGGCCACCAGGGCAAAGCUAAUGAUUCCCAUGGAAGCCCAGUCUAACAAUCCUGCUGUCGUCAGUGCCAUUCCUGUGCCAACACUAGAAAGUGCCCAGUAUCCGGGAAUCCUCCCAUCUCCCACCUGUGGAUACCCGCAUCCACAGUUCACUCUCCGGCCAGUACCAUUCCCAACACUGUCUGUGGAUCGAGGUUUUGGAGCAGGAAGAACUGUGAGUGAAGGACCUGCUGCUCAACAACAGCCCAUGCUGCCCCCAGCUCAGCCUGAACAUCCCAGCAGCGAAGAAGCACCCAGCAGAACUAUCCCCACAGCCUGUGUCCGACCAACUCAUCCGCUCCGCAGCUUUGCCAACCCUUUGCUACCUCCACCAAUGAGUGCAAUAGAACCAAAAGUCCCUUAUACACCACUUUUGUCUCAGCCGGGACCUACUCUGCCCAAGACUCAUGUUAAAACAGCCUCUCUUGGGCUGGCUGGAAAGGCAAGGUCCCCGUUGCUUCCCGUGUCUGUGCCAACAGCCCCUGAAGUGUCUGAGGAGAGUCACAAGCCAACAGAGGAUCCAGCCAGUGUGUAUGAACAGGACGACCUGAGUGAGCAAAUGGCAAGUCUGGAAGGGCUAAUGAAGCAACUUAAUGCCAUCACAGGUUCAGCUUUUUGA